GUGACUGGCGUCGCGGCGCAGAUGUGCCUGAACCUGAGCUCCUCCGAACGGCGCCUCUGGCUGUCGAAGAGGUCCAGGAGGAGACAAGUCACGGGGAUUGCGAGCCCUGGGCCCCUCGUUAGGCCGAUCGCAUGGUCCUCAGCAUGUGCAUACGGCAGCUCUUCCAGGCCUCACAUCUCCAGGGGGCUUGGAGGGCAGCCUUCCUGAAACACAUCCAGUGCAGGCGCCAGGGAGCCCGGCGAUGGACACAUUCUGGUGGCGGCACCUACAGAGCGGUGAUUUUUGACAUGGGUGGAGUCCUCAUUCCUUCUCCAGGGAGAGUGGCUGCAGAAUGGGAGGUCCAAAAUCAGAUCCCCUCCGGAACUAUCUUGAAGGCCUUGAUCUCGGGUGGCGACAAAGGGCCUUGGAUGACGUUUAUGAGAGGAGAGCUAACAACAGAAGAUUUCCUGCAAGAAUUUGGGAGACUUUGCUCUGAGAUUUCAGAGACCCGUGUGCCUGUGGACUCCUUUUUCUCUCUGCUGACCAGUGAGCAAGUUGCGAAGCAGUUCCCAGUGAUGACUGAGGCCAUAACUCAAAUUCGGGCAAAAGGCCUGCGGACUGCAGUCUUGAGCAAUAAUUUUUAUCUUCCCGAUGGGAAAAGCUUUUUGCCUCUGGACCGGAAACAGUUUGAUGUGGUCGUGGAGUCCUGCCUGGAGGGUAUCUGCAAGCCGGACCCCAGGAUAUACAAGCUCUGCUUGGAACGGCUCGGCCUGCAGCCUUCUGAGUCCAUCUUUCUUGAUGAUCUUGGACUGAAUGUAAAGGCAGCUGCCAGCCUUGGUAUUCGCACCAUUAAGGUUGAUGACCCAGAGACUGCAGUAAAGGAACUGGAAACUCUUUUGGGUUUAACAUUGAGAAAGGUGAUUCCAAACACUCGGCCUGUGAGAAAGACCAUGGAAAUUCCAAAAGAUUCCUUGAAGAAGUACCUCCGAGACUUCCUGGGGACCCAAACCACAGGCCCAAUGGAACUCCUUCAGUUUGAGCACGGGCAGUCAAAUCCGACUUACUACAUCAGGCUGGCAAACCAUCAGCUGGUUCUGAGGAAGAAACCCCCGGGGACACUCCUGCCAUCCGCCCAUGCAGUAGAGAGAGAGUUCAGGAUAAUGAGAGCCCUUGCGAAAGCUGGAGUGCCUGUUCCCAAAGUUCUUGGCCUCUGUGAAGACUCAAGGAUCGUCGGCACCCCCUUCUAUCUGAUGGAGUACUGCCCAGGCCUCGUCUACAAAGACCCCUCUCUGCCAGGCUUGGAGCCCAGCCAGAGGAGGGCCAUAUACACGGCCAUGAACAGAGUCUUGUGCCAGAUUCACAGCGUGGACCUCAAGGCCGCCGGCCUGGAAGACUAUGGGAAGCCUGGGGACUAUAUUCCACGCCAGGUGCAAACGUGGAUUAAGCAGUAUCAAGCCUCAGAAACCAGCACCAUCCCGGCUAUGGAGAGGCUCAUCAAAUGGCUGCCGCUGCACCUUCCCAGGCAGCAGAAGACCACGGUGGUGCAUGGGGACUUCAGGCUGGACAACCUGCUGUUCCAUCCAGAAAAGACCGAGGUGCUUGCUGUCCUUGAUUGGGAACUUUCUACCUUGGGCGACCCCCUUGCUGAUGUGGCCUUCAGCUGCCUAGCUCACUACCUGCCAUCCAGUUUUCCCGUCCUGCGAGGUUUGAGUGACUGCGAUGUGACUCAGCUGGGCAUCCCCACCGCAGAGGAGUAUUCCAGGAUGUACUGUCGGCACACGGGGAGCCCUCCCAUCGAGAACUGGAACUUCUACCUGGCUUUCUCCUUCUUCCGGGUGGCGGCGAUCCUCCAGGGCAUCUACAAGCGCUCGCUCACAGGCCAAGCAAGCUCAGCAACCGCAGAGCAAAGUGGGAAGCUGACUGAAUUUACAUCUAACCUGGCAUGGGAUUUUGCAGUCAAAGAAGGGUUCCGACUUUUCAAAGACAUGCCAGCCACAAAACCGUUAAUGAGGUCCUACCACACGUGGGCUGGUCCACAGUCCCGGCUGCACACCCCAGGCACCAGGAGUUAUGUGUCGAUUCCAGAAGCUUCCCCAGCUCUUGCCUCAAAGGGAGCUCUGGUUAUCUCUCCAGAGGGCCUCUCCCCACCCGUCAGGGAGCUGUAUCAGCGGCUGAAGCAAUUUAUGGAGCGACACGUGUACCCCGCUGAGCCAGAGCUGCGGAGUCACCAGGCCUCAUCAGAGAGAUGGACCCCUUCCCCGCUGGUCGAAGAGCUCAAGGAGAAAGCCAAGACCGAAGGACUUUGGAAUCUUUUCCUACCCUUGGAGACUGACCCCGAGAAAAAAUAUGGAGCAGGACUGACCAACGUCGAGUAUGCCCAUCUGUGUGAGCUCAUGGGCAUGUCUCUGUAUGCCCCUGAGAUAUUUAACUGUUCUGCUCCAGACACAGGGAACAUGGAGCUUCUGGUACGCUAUGGCACUGAGGAGCAGAAGGCCCGCUGGCUGAUUCCGCUGCUGGAGGGAAAGGCCCGCUCCUGCUUUGCUAUGACUGAGCCCCAGGUUGCCUCGUCGGAUGCCACCAACAUCGAGUCUUCCAUCAGAGAGGAGGAAGGCUUCUAUGUCAUAAAUGGUCACAAGUGGUGGAUCUCAGGCAUCCUGGAUCCUCGCUGCCAACUCUGUGUGUUUAUGGGAAAAACAGACCCGCAUGCCCCACGUCACCAGCAGCAGUCAGUGCUUUUGGUUCCCAUGGAUACCCCAGGGAUAAAAAUCCUCCGGCCUCUGACGGUGUAUGGGCUGGACGAUGCGCCAGGUGGCCAUGGCGAAGUGCUGUUCGAACAGGUGCACGUGCCCAAGGAGAACAUGAUCCUGGGCCCGGGCCGAGGCUUUGAGAUUGCCCAGGGCAGACUGGGUCCCGGCAGGAUCCAUCACUGCAUGCGGCUGAUUGGGUACUCGGAGAGGGCCCUGGCGCUCAUGAAGGCCCGUGUGAAGUCCCGUGUGGCCUUUGGGAAACCCCUGGUGGAGCAGGGCACGCUCCUGGCUGACAUCGCCCAGUCGCGCGUGGAGAUCGAGCAGGCCCGGCUGCUGGUGCUGAAAGCUGCCCACCUCAUGGACGUGGCAGGAAAUAAGGCCGCAGCUUUAGAUAUUGCCAUGAUUAAAAUGGUGGCCCCAUCCAUGGCCUCCCGAGUGAUUGAUCGCGCUAUCCAGGCCUUUGGAGCAGCAGGGCUGAGCAGCGACCACCCGCUGGCUCAGUUCUUCGCCUGGGCCCGAGCGCUGCGCUUUGCCGACGGCCCUGAUGAGGUGCACCGGGCUGCAGUGGCCAAGAUGGAGUUGAAGCAUCGCAUUUAGACCGGCAGGACUGCAGGAGCUAGAAUGUCCCUCCCAGACUGGCCACACCCAGAACCUUAGAUGAUGCUCUUUGAAAGCCCUAUAUGGUAUGUGUGAUUCUUGCACCCUGCCUGGCAGCUGCAUCCUGGAACAGUCAUUGUGAACUCAACCUUUUUGGGUCCCCACAGGAGACAUUUCUAUAAGAAGCCUUGAGUUUACUGUUUCAGGCAAAGAGGAGGGGGCUUAGCUGAGAGCUGAGUGGGUUUCAGUACUGAAGCCGGAAAGCUGGUCUUCGGUGUUGUAGGGUCACGCUUGCCCAGCACUGGUCUCUGUGCCCUGUAACCGCCAUGUGUCCUUCUGGCCCCCUUCCAGUCAGGAUAGCCAGCUACUGGGAUUUGUAACAAUCCAGGUCUGGCCAGCCCAGAUCUUACCUUAUCUCACUCUAAGAACAUCACGAAGGGGAACACAGCCCCUCCACAUGAGCUACUGUUCCUGGGAAUGCUGGCCGGACCAGGGAUGGCCCCUCUUGGCAAGCACGUGGCCUUUGUGUGUCCCCAGCCUGUGUAAGCAGCCCCCUCCCUGCCCGCGGUAGUGGUGCGCAGUUCCGUCCAGCUGGCUGCCGCUGGACACUCCCUGUAAGUAAAUCCCAAUAAACCUAUAUGUCUCGUA